UUUGAAAACAAUUUCACGCGAAAUGUCAGCAAGAAGAACACCGACCGCGGAAGAGGUUGCCGAAUUUGCAUCACCAGCAGUUGAGGAGUCUGAAACAGAUAAAUUGCUAAGAAAGAGUCGAGAUCAGCCGUUCGUUCCAUUAGGAAUCCUUGGUACAAUUGGUGCACUUGCAUAUGGUGCAUAUGCUUACAAGAACCGAGGACCAAUGAGCACAAGUCGUUACCUCAUGAGACUCCGAGUAAUAGCACAAUCAAUGGUUGUUGGAGCAAUAAUGGUUGGAGUUGGUUACACGGCUAUAAAAGAGAAGCGGGAAAAGAAUAAAUAAAUAAUAAAUUAAUAAGUAAAAAUCAGUUGUUGGGACUGUAUAAUAUAUCAUUUUCAUGUUUUAAAUUGUAAAUAGGAUAUAUGAGAUUAUGUCUAAAUUAUCCUCAUUAGGUAAUAUUGUAUAUUUAUUCAAACAAAAAAAGUCAUUCGAACAAUUUUGGUUAGAAAAUUGUAAAAUUCCUAAAGCAAAGCCAGAAUUGUUUGUAUCUUAACAUUGAUAGUAUGAAUACCAUUCUACCUAGACUGAAUAGUCUGUGGUAACCUAAUGGCCAGGCAUUAUGAAUAGAUGCAAUUGUAGUUGUUAGAAAAUGCUUUAGAGUAGUUGUCCUUUGAUUUUCUUACAUGAUCAUAUAGUUAGAAAAUCAAUUGCAUUAUAUGUGGUUAACCUUAAUAAUACAUCAGAAAUCAUCACUUUUAUUACAGUUCACCUAUCUAUUAAUAUUUGGUUUCUUGUCCUAUCAAUUACUUAUAUUUGUUGGGAAUACAGCUUUAUACUAUUUGGCUGUAUGUAAAAUAUAGUAGCAAUACGUACAUACAGAAACUCCUAUCCCUAUUCUGCAGGUGAAAUAUAAAUUAUACCUUG